CAGCCUCCCACAGGCUCCCAGCACCCUCACGCCUCCAUCCCGCUCAUAUUUGGACGCCGCAUUGUGUUCCCCGCGGCCACCGCGCCGCCUUAAACCCUAAACCAUGGCCUCCCGCGCCGCCGUGGCGCUCCUCCUCCCAGUCCGCCUCCUUUCCCUCGCGCUCCGCCCGUGCUUCUCUCAUUCGUCCACCGCCGCGCCCCGCCGCGCCCGCGCCGCUGCGGCGCUGCUCGCCGUCGCCGCGCUCGUCUCCGCCAUCUGCGCGGUGCCCGACGCCGGAACCCGCCCUGUAGUCGCCACCGGCGCCGACGCCGACGCCUUGCGAUCGGAAAUUGAGGCGCUCAGGCUAAAGAUCGCGCAGUUGGAAUCUUUGCUGGAGGAAAAUACAAAAACGUUGAACAGUAAAGCUAGUAUUUUGGAGGAGGAUAACAAACUCAUUGAAGCAAUGGAAUGUGACAUCCAGCUUUUAAUUGAUGGACCAGAGAGUACAAAGGAUUCCAAAAGCAAAUCAUAUUCUGCUGGCAACAUUAAAUCUAUGGAAGAUGAGGUACAACAACUCCAGCAAGAGGUCAGUAAGAUAAACAAAAAUUCUGACACGAUAGAAUCGUUAGCACGUGAUACUGAGAGAAGGGUGGAAACUCUGAGUUCGGAGGUCAAAAAGAUAGAGGAUAUAAUUGCGGAGCAAUGGAUCCAAAUUCGACAAUUUGAACAAGCAUUUGUAUUAACUAAGAUGAUGGCAUCAAAAGUUCAUGAGAGAAGUAGGCCAUUGCAGAUGGUUUUCAAGUGGCCUGGAAAAGAAACAAUUCUUAAGUAUGCUGGGGAUAUCGAUCUCAAAGAUAUUUUUCUUAGAGGGGCAUCAUAUGCAUGGUCCUGUUUUUCUCAUACAUAUAAACAGUCCAGUAGUUUUCGACAAGAAAUAAACAGAUACUAUCAUGAGGCAUAUCGAUUCCGCAAAGCAAUCCGUCGCCAAUAUAUUCCUGACACAGACAGGCCUGACGUCUUCUUCUUGGGUGGUUCCGUUUCAAGAUCAAGCAUUUCUAUUCCAUAUGACCAAUUCAAGCUUUUUAUUUCAUCAACACAAAAGUUUCAUCAUAAGGUCCAAGUUUUUCUCCAUGAUGCUCUGGAAUCAAACACAUACAGCAGAUGUUUAGCGAAUGAGCCUGUUACAUUUGUCUUGGCAUAUCUUCUUGUCGUUUCACCAAUGUGGAUCGCUUGGUUCCUUUAUUCAUGGCGAUUUGGCUCAAGAAAAUGAAAAUUUGUCAGAAAAAGAAUUGUGCAGUCCUGGGUUCUCUUUUAUUUUUCACGCAAAAGGUAUAGAAGAGUGUAACCAAGAAAAAACAUGUGAAAAAAUAUGCAAUCAUCAUGGGGUGAAAAAUAUCUUGUAUAUCUAUAACUGUCAUAGAACUAUUUAAACCAUUUCACCCAAUUGCAAUAUGGACAUAUCAUAUAGCACAGUUCAAAGUGUGAAAAUAUGCUAGCAGCCGGUUGUUUUCUGGAACCGAAA